AUGACCAUUUCCUUCAAUUUCCAAAACAACGAGAUUGUUUCUUCUCCCACGGUCAUAGUCAGUGGAUCAACCUCGCAGCGGGUCCAACGAGGGGUGGUUGGAUUCACCAACAAUGAGAGCAAAGUGUUUCCUCCGCAGUACUUUGAGGUCAACAAUGGCCAAUUCAAGGCCAUUGUCCACGUCUCGCCCGACAGUUUGAACAGAUUCAAAGUUGAAGUUAUGGAUAACGGAACCAUCUCCCCAUUUGGAUUCCCCGAGUAUUCCCACGGCCAACCGCACGUUGUAGAUUCAGGACACUUGGACUUGGCUUUCAACCCUUUGCCGCAGAAUAAGCCGGUCCAUUUGUGUAUCAUAAGAGCAAGAGACUCGCCCGGGGUCUAUGACAUGCCCCACUAUAGACUUGGUCGAGGCGAAAGGCCAACUUUGGAAAAUGCCAUCAAGAAGUUGAAAGUCGCCGGUAGACUCAUGCAAGCGUAUACCCAGGAUGAAAUGAGACAGGUUGGGUUUAGCAAUAGGACUUUCCAAUUUGCCGAGGAAACUAGUCACGAUCAAACUAUAUUUGGGUACAAUGUCCAAUCCCCCACGCCACACCAAGAAGUCAAGGUGCACGUGUUGACGAGCCCGCGGUCUGUGCGCGAGUUGCGUGACCCAGACUUGGCUCAACAGAACCCCAAGGCAAGAGACUCUGGGGGGUUGUUUAGCCAUGCCAUCGACUUGGUCAAGAAGACGCCCGAGAUUUAUAAUUCCGAACAAGGAACUGCUGUGCAGUGCGCAGUCAUGUAUCUUGACUCGACAUACGACAAGAGCAAAGACAUGAUUCUCACUCAUGCCGCGUUAGGUGGAGGCACCAACGAAGUCAAGAUGGCCAUCUUUGGCUCCCAUGGCUUGCACUCGUAUCCUCAAAACUUUCCCCUCGUGACACCGUCAUAUUUGGAUGCAACUAGAUUGAGCAAGAAUGAAGUUGCCAAUGACUGUAACGAGUGUGGCACGAGUUGGGAGUGUCUCAAUAUUUGUCUUGGCGCCUUUAUGCAUGAAAUCGGGCACGCUUUGGGGUGCCCGCAUCAAGUAGACGGAGUCAUGUUGCGAGAUUACCAGUGGUUCAACCGUUCCUUCAUGACACGAGAGUUGGAAUGUUUGAGGACCCGUUCCGGAGGCGAGGUUAUUGGAGGCAAUGGAGCAUGGUCAAGAGUUUGCCAUUGGAAUAGACUUGACUUGAUCCGGUUUCUUUUCCACGAUCUGUUUUCCCUUCCGGUGGACCAGUUCGGAAAAGUUUUCUCGACUACAAGAAGACCAGAUAACUCCUAUACAAACAAUUCAGCGCCCACUGCUUAUGCGUUGCCGCAAGGUGGUAGUGUUGCCAAGUCCGAUUGUGGUAUUUAUCUACUCGAAAUAGUUGACGGCGAUCUUGCUAGAUACCAUGAGGCCUUUUUACCUCAGUUUUACGGUGGCCCAGGCCUCAAGCAUGAAUUGAGCUUGGACUUCAGGGACAUGUUGAAGAAGUUGAGAAGCGCCAAGGGUGAUGCUGGCGAAGAGUACAAGAUCAGAGCAUUAUCCCUCGGUGGGGACUUGUGGAUUGACAACUUCAAAAACCUUUGCUCGCUGCAGAGCCAGCAGUUGAUUAGGGGAAAUUUCGCUGGCUUGGGAGGCAGGUCUGAAGCAGCGGCAGCAGCAGCGAAAAGUGCCUUGCUCGGGAAAGUUGCAGGUGACAUGUUUACGACAUUCUUUGACAUCAACACAGUUUACAAAGUCCGAGUUUAUCACGGAGGGUCAUUGGAUGGAGUCAGGUUCCAUUAUAAAAAGCAAACAAAAACAAACCCUGGUGCUCGUGGUGGUGGUGGUGGUGCUACACCAUCCAAUGCUCCAAAAGUUCCAGCUAGAAAUUACUUGAAAAAAAUGUUUGGCCACGAGCACGAGAAGCAGCAGCAACAACAACCCUUUCUGAGCCAAGAUAAUGGCGAGUACUCAUACAGCGAUGCCACUGCGUUGGUGGGCAAUGAAACAAACAACUAUUCCGAUUACUCAGUUGGGCAGGAUGAACGGAUUGUCAAAUUCAACGUCCGUAAUGGGGCCUGGAUCGAUGCGAUCCAAUUCGUGACCAACAGAAAUAACGUUUCUCCCAUGUUUGGUAAUGCCAAUGGUGGCCAUUUGUCUACGCUCGAAGCACCAACUGCUAGUACUCAGAUUGUUGGGAUGUAUUAUUACAUGGGCAGUUGGAUCGAUGGUUUGGGAAUCAUCUACGCCUAG